AUUUGUUGAUGAAGUGGAAGAAGGCCUGAGGGUAGACGGGAGAAAACCGCUGCCGACGCUGCGACCUCAUCACCACCACCACCUCCACCACCACCUCCAACUCUGGUGCACGCCUCCCCACCACACCACCAUCACCACCACUACCACCACCUUCACCUUUGGUGCAUGCCUCCCCUGGGAGCGGCGUCAGGCGUAGCUGGUCUCCAGGCUCCGUGGUGUUGUCGCUGGGUGUGGCUCGUGCCGCGCCCUGCCAGCUGCUGGGGCCCACCACCAGGGUGGAGAGUGGAGGUAGCAGCGGCAGAGUCAAACAUCCUCCUGUGAUAAGCUUAUCACUUGCAAGAGUUGGUGUUAUCAUCUGUUAUCGGGCUGCUGGUAAAGGGGGUUCGUCGGUCAGUGUGGAGGAGCAUCACGCAGCCCUCAAGACACUGCCGUGCGCCGCGUUGGGUCAGUGUAAACAAUGAUCGUUUUGGCCGGAUGGUCCAGGUGAGCACGGCCGGACUGCCCCACUCGACACCCGAGGGUUCGUUAAUCUUGCUGAGCCUGGAGCGAGUCUGAAGGGACGGACAUCCUUCGUCUCGGGGCCCCUAGCCCUGUCGUCCCUCGAGAACACCGAACACCCACGCCAGCCACUCAGUGUGUGUGAUGGAGGACAGGCCCUGUGCUGUACAUGGUGUGUAGUAAUGGCGAGAAAAGGCAAUGUUAACGGUGGUUUUGAGCCUGAUCCAGAAACUAGGUCGUCACACAACGUAAGCAGGCGACAGGCCGCCGCCUCUGGUGGGGGCUGCAGCAGCAAUGGCAGCCUGCGAACAGAGGCAACAGGGGAGGCCGUCACCUUGGACCCGUCGGAAACCAUAGCCUCGGAGGUCCCAGACAAAUGGAAGGAGGAGGCCACCCAAACAGAGAGUUCUGUGGCUACCGUCAACUCCUGGAGAAUCUUGCGAACACAGCCGACGGACGAUGCGGACACAUCGCGUGCAUCCGUCUCGUCGGACUACGUGGUGGUGGAGACUCACGCCCUGGGACACCACGUCGCACUGCAGACGCAGGACGCUCACCUGUUCCGGUACAGUGAGGUGGACGUGGUGGAGAUGGUGAUAGCGUGGCGGAUGAUUACACUCUUCCUCCCCACCACCUGGUAUUUGAUGCUGUACGUGGCCGACCAGGCAUCCACCGUGGCCGUGAUCGCCAACCUGUGCCACGCAGGGGAACAGUGGUGGUGCGGCCUCACCAUCUCCUUCCUAGUGCUGCCGAGCCUCGCCCUCAACGCCUACGCCUACGGGCAACUGGUCCAGCCCGACAUAGUUACGGUGGCGCCAGUGAACAAGUGGGCGGCAAGGGCCCUCUUCCUCUUCCAGGUGGCUCCACACUACCUCAUCGGCAGGAAAGUGUCGUGGUGCUUCCGGGCGUGGCGGGCACAGAGCUGGCCGUCCAAGCGCCGUGCCCCGCCCCCCCCCACCCCCCCCCCCCACGGCAGGCCCGCACCGGGAAGGCCCCCCCCACCUGUCCCCCACCUGCCUCAAGGGGCGCUGUGGGACCAGGCCAAGGAGGAGACCGAAUCGUCCACCACCAAAUGGUUUCACUCGCUGCUUGAGUCCGUCCCGCAGCUCAGCAUCCAGUCGUACAUCCUGAUGGUGCUCCUCAGACUCGAUGCGCCCUUGACCUCCGAAGAUGUGGUGGUGGGCAUUGUGGUGUUCAGCGUGGUGGUGAGCUUAACGUCCGCGUCCUCCGGCCUCGCCUCGGAGGUGAGCGAUAGGGCUUGGGAGAGGAUAGCAGCCUCCGUGGCCAUCUUCCUCACGCUGGGAUCGCGAGUCAUGGUGUGCAGCGGCGUUGGGACAAUUCAUCCAAUGCUCUGGUUCGCCCCCGUCUCCGCUGCAACGUUCCUGGGCUUCGUAACCAAAGUAGCGGAAUCGACCGAGCACACGUACCGCGCCAUCCUCGCGAAGGCUCACAAGUACCUCUUCAAUGGGUUCGUGAUGGCGACAGUGUGUCCGCCCUUUGACGCCGUUGGACUUUUCUCCUCGGCGCCCUACGUGUUGGCUGGACUUUGCUUCCUCGUCCUCAGCCCCUCUAGCUUCAGCAACAUCGCUGUCUUUGUAAUGAGCAUCGUCGGACAGGUCGCGUGGCUCGCCGUCGGCUUCUUCAUUACGACAGAGAAGUACUCGUAAAGACAAGUUCAACGUCAGCCUCCUCUUGGCAGUCACCACCAUAGCCGCCACUACCUCUCUGCGUCUACUGCCAUGUCACCUAUCUAUUCGCCUCCGUUCCAGGGUUGGAGUAAUUACACCUGAAAAAAAUCAUUACAAUUACAAUUACUUUCAGAAACUUUGAAUUACAAUUAUAAUUAUAAUUACAUUUGAAAAUAGCAAUUACAUUACAAUUACAAUUAUUACUUGAAAACAAAUUCAAUUACAAUUACUUAAUAAAUAUCACCCGUGUGCUACAUAAUUAUCACUUCACGUAUAAGCAACCAUCGUCAUUAAACCUCACUGUAGGAAGAUUUUGGAGAAAGUGAACUGAAUUACGUCGCAGGGGACAGUAGCAGCAAAAGACCGUCUGUUUCUCGUUUAAUGCUACAGGACGUGGUCAGGAACUGGACGUUCGCAUCACGCGCGGUACUGCUCCUAGUGGCGGAGCGGCCGCCUCCGACUUCCUGACUGUCACCAGCAAAUUUAAGUCUUAUAAGCAACCCAUCACUCAUAAUGGAGCUCGACCAGUACCAUUUCCAUUUUAUAAUUAAAUUAAAUUACAAAUUACCUCAUCCUUUAAUUAAUUACAAUUACUUGCCACAAUUGAAUAUUUAAUUACAAUUACAAUUACAAUAAUACUGUAAUUAAUUACAUUUCAGUUAAAUUACAAUUACUUCAACCCUGCGAGUCCGUUCUCUCUCUCUCUCUCUCUCUCUCUCUCUCUCUCUCUCUCUCUCUCUCUCUCUCUCUCUCUCUCUCUCUCUCUCUCUCUCUCUCUCUCUCUC